AUGGCAUCUCAGGGACCUCCGCCAACCCAAGGCGACCCCGCCGGCGUCAGAUUCGAAGCGUACCCGCUCGCGCCCGUUGGCACCUUUCUGGGCAUCGCAUGCAUCACGACGGGGCUCCGCAUUUACUGGCGGAUUCGGCCAACCUGGCGUAUUGGCGCCGAUGACUACACGCUUGUCUUCGCCCUAGUCCUGACUAUUGUCUGGUAUGGCAUUGACGUGGCAAUGUACCACUACGGCCGGGGCAUCGAGGGCUUUAUGCCGGAUCCUUGGACCAUGGGCCCAUUAAUCGUCGCGGACGGAGUGCUUUGGGUAUGGGGGCUCAACGUGAUCCGCAUCUCGGCCGCCUUGCUGCUGCUCCGGCUCAAGGACUCGCUGCCGUGGAAGCUGGCGCUCUGGACUGUCAUCACGGUUCAGGCGUGUAUGCUCGUCGUUGGCACCACCAUGCACCUCGUCAUGUGCCAACCCAUCUCGGCUCGGUGGGCGCCGACGCCAACGGCAAAAUGUAUUCCUGUGCCGAACUUUAUGAUAUACGGCUACGUUUAUAGCGGCCUCACCAUCGCAUCUGACUUCACCAUCUCCAUCCUACCCAUCACUUUUAUCCGCACCCUCCGCCGGCCGUUCUACGAAAAGUUCCUCAUCGGCUGCCUCAUGACCGCCGGAAUGGGUGCCACCGGCAUCGCCAUCGCGCGUUUGCUCCUCAUCAUGGGCUACCUCGGCAAGGGAGGGGCCAGGAUCAACGCGCUGCAGGAUUUCCUCUGGGGCAUGGAACUGACCAUCGGCGUGCUGGCGACCUCUCUGCCGACGCUCAAGGCACCGGUGCACGGCCUGCUGCAGUCGUGGGGUGUGCUGCGGUCCACCUCCUCCAGCAGUGACAUGUCGCCCGACAGCUUCCUCGACGACCUCACCAACGGACCGCACGUUGAGAACCAGAUGAGGCAGUGGGACUCGCUCUCUGGCAUUCGUUUAGAGUACGCCCCGAACCACAACUUGCGGUUGCGUCUCGGGGAAAAUGCAGUCAGUUUUGAGCAACGUCUGCGCUGGGCUAUCCAGGUCGCCGAAACAAUCAAAUUCAUCCAUGACGCUGGCGUCAUCCACGGAGACCUGACCUGCGCAAACAUAUUUUUGGAUGCCAACCUCAACGCAAGAGUAGCCGACUUUGCCGGGUCAUCGAUAGAUGGCUCGCCAUUGCUAAUUGUCGUUACCGAGAGCCACGAAUUUCCAGGGCCGUUAUUGUCGACCCGAGCCGACCUAUUCGCACUCGGCAGCGUGCUUUAUGAGAUCACAACGGGCCAACCCCCUUACCAAGGGUUGAAGGACACCGAGAUCCGCGCUCGGUACCUCGAGCACGAUUUUCCCGAUACAACGUCGCUUAGAGCAAUUGGUUCCGUUAUUGAGAAAUGCUGGCACGGCAAAUACCCGGAGGCCCGGGCAGUUAUUGAGGCUCUAAAAGGAACACCUCCGAAUUCCAUCCAAAGCUAG